CCACAGUCCGUCUGUAGCUCCACUGUUUGUCCAACAGGGGGGGCUGUCUGACCGCAUCUAGCCGCUGCAGUGAGCCCUUAGAGCAGGGCUGGGAGUGGGAGCAGCCGGCUAUGAUAACGUUAGCUGAAAGCCAGUCUUCGGCUUCUGUUCCUGACGAACCGAGCUGCACCCAGAAACAAGGCACCAGCGGUGCUCCAUAGCUGUACUGGAGAACAGGGAUUCGUCCAUGUUGGUCACAACACAAGCAUCUUUGAACUGGACCUCCAGCUCUGUAGGGAAAAUAUAGCCACGGUGGACUCAAACGCAGCGUUUAGUUUGUCACCAUGUUUAAUCUGAUGAAAAAGGAUAAGGAGAGGGAAGGGAGUAGGAAGGAGAAGAAAGACAAAAAGGAGAGGAUGUCUGCAGCAGAGCUGCGCAGCCUGGAAGAGAUGAGCAUGCGGCGGGGUUUCUUCAACCUGAAGAGAGAGUCCAAGCGUGAGUCCAAGACCAAACUGGAGAUCUCCAACCCCAUUCCCAUCAAAGUGGCCAGCAGCAACGAGCUCACCCUCACUGACAUUGAAUCGGACGGCUUGAGCAACCGAAGCAGCAUGGUUCUGGAAGAUCAGCUGAGUGCUGCCAGCUCCACUGAUGACCUGAAGGGUGAGGGCGGAGGAGGACAGGACGGACAUCGCGGCUCAGUACGUGAUCGCGUGGCUCACUUUGGUUCACUUGCCAAGACAAACUCCUCGCAGGUGGGUCAGAUGAUGAAACGCUUCUCCUUUUCCCAGAGGAGUAAAGAGGAGAGCCCUUCAGAGGGCUCCACUCCCUCGGGCCAGAACUCUGCUGCCCCUUCCCCGCAAGUGGAGAGCAAAGUUUUCAGCAUGCUCCGCAAGCACAGCCUGAAGCAGCAGACUGAAGCUGCACCGGCCACCAAAAAAGUCUGCAUCCCCGAAGUGGUCGACAAGACCUUCCCUGCAGAGCUCCAGCUGCCUGCUGUGGUUGCACCGAGUGUACCAGAAAUACGUGAGCUGGAGCUCCAACGGCGCAAGACUGGCGACUUUGGAUUUUCUUUGCGUCGCACCACUAUGCUGGACCGCAGUCCUGACGGAGGAGUGUACAGGCGUGUUGUCCACUUUGCAGAGCCUGGAGCUGGCACUAAGGACCUGGCGCUGGGCCUGGUACCUGGCGACAGGCUGGUGGAGAUAAACGGACGCAAUGUGGAGAACAAGAGCCGGGACGAGAUAGUGGAGAUGAUCCGUCAGUCCGGGGACACGGUGAGGCUGAAGGUGCAGCCCAUCCUGGAGCUGAGCGAGCUGAGCCGCUGCUGGCUGAGGAACACCGAGGGGCUGCGCAGGGAGGCCAGACAUUUUUUGUGCCCAGUUUCAGGAUGCUUUUGCAGAAACACAGCAAUGUCCCAAAUUUUCAGGGUUGCAGCUCUGCUUUAUUGACAAGCUGUUUCUAAGACAUCGUAUCUCAGUGUCUGAUCAUAAUUUAGAAGGUGAUGCUUGCUGAAUGCCGGUAAAGUCAAGGUGUCCUGCUAACUAUAUAUGCCUAUAUUGGAUUGAAAAGAAACCUUCAAGACUUAAUGAGGUGGUCUUAUGAGUUUCCACUCUUGCCUUUGCUUAACAAAGCAAAUUUGAUAACAUUUUGCUAACAGCCCUAACCGGAGGGUGAGCUUUACGUUUUCGUGACGCCACCCCGUCAUCAGGGGUAACCGCCAUAUGAGCGCAGUGCAGAGCGAAUGUUGUUUAAAGAACCCUUAAAUUACUUAAUUGCAAGAAUGACAACUCUAGCCUUGAAAGCUUAAAGUCCAACUGAAAUUUAAUUAAACAUCAAAUGUUAUUGUAUGCUGUUCAGUGUUUCCCUUACCAUUGUCUUGGGGGGGCUACUGUCUACUUUGCGCAUUCACAUUCUCUCCUCUGCUCUGUUUCGCGAAGGGCGAGGUUUCGCUCGCGACACACACACACUCACGUGCACACACACUUAGUCAGACACACAGCGAAGGAGAGGAGAGAACUAGAAAUCCUCACCGCCUUGCCCCAUUUGACCCAUCAUGCUUCCUUGCAUACAGUGUUCAGAGUGAAAGACAAAUUUAGAAUGUUGUUUUUAACUGCAUAUGACAAUAAACGCUUUUGAAUUUAAAUGAAUGGUGAAGACGAGGUAAGAAAUAUUCACACCCAUAAAGCAUGGUAGACGCACUGAGUACAGUUCGCCACGGGAGGUGGCAGGAGCAGGGGGUCUCAUCCUGCUGGGGAGGAAAUCUGUUGAAGUGUACAAAUAUUUUCGGUUCAUUAUGAAAGUGUGGAGGGACACCAUAGUCUAGGAAAUGAGUGGGAUACUCUGUGCUUGUUGGAGGAAAGUAGAGCCAAGGUUUCUGGCUAACUUUGUGUUGUGAAAUUAUUACAUUUUACAGUCCACUUUAGCACUCUCAUACAAAGUCCAGAGCCGAGUGUUCUUUAUGCUUUCCCAGUGUUCAGCCCAGGCUGUGUGUCUUACAUGGAGUAUUCACAGUAUUUUAGUCUUGGACUGUUGGUCGGACGAAACAAGUACUGUGUCACUGUGGUCUCUGGAAAACCGGUAGUAUGAUUUAAUGUAGUAUUUAUCGGUUAUUAUUUCCUUGUGUGUGUAUGUGUGUGAGAGAGUGAGUGAACCCAGAUCUCAUCAAUGGCUUUGGUGAGGACUCUGUUAUCAUAACUAAUAGAAAAUAAUGUAACUCUAAAAUAAGAAGGAUUGGGCUUGACAACACGUCACUCUGCACUGUGUCCGUCCAUCUCUGCUGGUGCCAGCAGUCUUCCACACACACAUGAACACAGUAAGACUUAAUGAAGGUUUGGGAGCAGACAGGAUGCACAUACUCCUUUAGCUAUGAGCAGGAUAUUCUAAGAAAAGCACUGGGAUGUCUUAGGAAAGGAGGAGACAUUUCCCCCCUAAACCAACAAAUAAGACCAUUUCAGGGUCAUGCUUAGCUUCGGCCAGGGGCACACUAAAUCUUAUCCACUGAUCAUUUUUGAGAAUUGAGUGAUAGGAGUACUUUUAAGUUGGCCUGCUGUUUCUUUAAAAUGACUGGUGUCCUUGUACAAACACCUAAAAUAUAGUAAUGAUAUAGAUUCAAAUUUUAAAUGAAAAAAUAGAUUAAGAAAAGCACCAUAAUAAAGAUAUAACCUAUAGGAGCGUAGUUAUAGUGAAAUUUGUGGCAGCGCUGCGUCAGUGCAGCACAGCUGGAGUCAUGUAGAGAAGCUGAGCAUUCCCUGAGCAGAGGCCUCCUCCAGCGCCAGCAAAACCUGAUGUGCAGCAUUCAGCGCUGUUAACACAAACAGGCCAAAGCUCACUGGGCCUGAUUGUCCUCAGCUUCAUUCCUGUGUACUGCCUUCACUGUCUGUGACCAUUAAGACCAACUUCACUCUGUAGGUUGUUGCUCCUUCAUGGAGCCUUAGCUCCUGCCUUCUGGCUCGUUCCUAUUCCUGCUGUUAUUCCUGUAUGCUGUCUAGAAACAGAUUGAUUCGUUUGAAUUCAGUAUUUAGGAUUUAAUCGAUGUUUAAUAUAAUAUAAACAGACAGGCAGAAUAACAACCAACCACCCAGAGUUCUUCAGGUCAUUUGUGGGAACUGUCUGAUUCAUUCAAAUAUUGCAGCAGUUGAAUCUAUUUUAAAUCUAAUGCCGUGGCCGUGUUUGCAGUGACUGUUAUCCAGUAGUAGUAGUAGUAGUAGUAGUAGUAGACACUUUACAGCAGAGCCAUAUUUUCUUGCUCUUUCUUUCUCCCUCUCCCUCUCUGCUGUUCACCAUAGUGUACCCUCAAUAGUGCCUGUUAACUUUGGCACAGUUAUUUCGACCCACUCAGGAAGCAAUUGUGACUUAACAUGCUUCCACUUUUAUUCAGACCCUCUCAAACUCUGCUUCUUGUGCUGAAAGUUUCCAGACUUUACUCAAACUACCUUCCCAAAGUGUUAGCACCUUGAUGGCAGCAGGAGUGAAACACUUUAAAUGUUCCAUUGUUCAGUUAUGUAAUAGUCUCCCCAAGUUACUGUUGACUAUCAGUGGUACAUUUCCUUUUAGGAUUCUUGUAAGUAAAGCAUGCACAGAUACAGUAACUUAAGCUCGGAUACAAGAAGUUGAGCGACUACAUGUUCAAACAAAUUCCUCUGGUUUUAAUCAAUCUGGUGGGAAAGGUUUGCUGACUCGUUGUACUACUUCAUGAU